GUUGCCCAGCAACUGAAGAAGCUUUGGAUCCGCCACAAUCAGCUUCACUUUAAACCCUAUGCUAAGUGUUUUGCCACGACAGUAUUUCCCAUCUGGCGACGCGAUGGAGGUGUCAAUGGACCCUCUUUUCCUGGCGUGGAGCUAUUUCAGGAGACGGAAACUACAACAAUGUUCAGAUAUUUGUUCGAAACUAUUGCAAGACAGCCCAUAUGACCAGGAUUCCUCCUUGUCUAUUGCCGAGGCUGCCUGGAGCCUAAAAACACGGGCUCUGACAGAGAUGGUUUACAUUGAUGAAGUCGAGGUUGAUCAAGAAGGGAUUGCUGAGAUGAUGCUGGAUGAGAACGCCAUUGCUCAGGUUGCACGCCCUGGAACAUCUCUGAGACUGCCUGGAACAAGUCAUGGUGGAGGUCCCACACCUGCUGUCAGGCCUAUGACUCAGUCAGGACGUCCCGUCACAGGAUUUGUGAGGCCAAGCACCCAGUCAGGGCGUCCUGGGACGAUGGAGCAGGCCAUCAAGAACCCACGCACAGCAAGUACGGCUCGACCAGUCACUAGUGCUUCUGGUCGAUUCAUUCGUCUGGGAACGGCUUCGAUGCUAACCAAUCCAGAAGGACCGUUUAUAAACUUGUCAAGGCUAAAUCUAUCAAAAUAUUCCCAAAAACCCAACCUGUCCAGGACGCUGUUUGAGUAUAUCUUUUAUCAUGAAAAUGAUGUAAAAAAUGCUUUAGAUUUAGCUGCUCAAGCAACUGAGCAUGCUCAGUUCAAAGACUGGUGGUGGAAAGUACAGCUGGGAAAAUGUUACUACAGGCUUGGUUUGUAUCGAGAGGCCGAAAAACAGUUUCGAUCAGCUCUAAGCCAACAAGAGAUGGUGGAUACGGUCCUCUAUCUGGCAAAGCUGUAUCAGCGCCUGGAUCAACCGGUGACAGCUCUCAACCUAUUUAAACAGGGCCUGGACCACUUUCCUGGUGAGGUCACCCUUUUGACCGGCAUAGCACGCAUUCAUGAGGAGAUGAACAACAUUGCCUCAGCCACAGAGUACUACAAAGACGUCUUAAAGCAGGACAACACACACGUGGAGGCCAUAGCUUGUAUAGGCAGCAAUCAUUUUUACUCCGAUCAACCUGAGAUCGCGCUGCGCUUCUACAGGCGGCUCCUACAGAUGGGGGUGUAUAAUUGCCAGCUAUACAACAACCUUGGCCUUUGUUGCUUUUACGCACAGCAGUAUGACAUGACCCUGUCGUCUUUUGAAAGAGCCUUGGCCCUUGCGACCAACGACGAAGAGCAGGCUGAUGUGUGGUACAACGUGGGACACGUCGCUGUGGGUAUAGGAGACCUGACUUUGGCCUAUCAGUCUUUUAAACUGAGUUUGGCUUUUAAUAAUGACCAUGCUGAAGCUUACAACAAUCUUGCCGUGCUGGAGCUGCGUAAAGGCCGUGUUGAACAGUCUAAAGCCUUCCUGCAGACGGCUGCCACAUUGUGCCCUCACAUGUAUGAGCCACACUACAAUCUGUCCAUUCUCUCGGAAAAGAUCGGAGACCUUCAAAGCAGCUACAUGGCAGCCCAAAAGUCUGAAAAUGCCUUCCCGGAGCAUGUCGACACUCAGCAGGUCCUGAAGCAGCUUCGCCAGCAUUUUGCAGAGUUGUGAAUUCUUAAAUCUUGUACGUAUUAGUAAAGAUUUGUGUUACACGCAAAAAGAUUAAUUAGAAUGAUCAAUUAUAUUUAGCUAUGCUUGAGUCAGAAAGCUGGCCAACAUGAUCAGCAUACUGUAUAAUACAGUUGUGAUCAAAAGUAUUCAACCCCCACACAAUUUUGAUGUUUUAGCAAGUUGGACACUUAUUCCGUAUUAUUUUUGUAGUCAUAUCAUAUAAGGAUGUGUCAAAUAGACAAAUGCAACUUAAAUUGUAACACUGUAUUUUACAAAAUACCAAAAAAGGACAUUUUUCUUAAUAUCUCAUUGACAAAAUUAUUCAACCCCCUAGUUACAUGCAUCUUUAGUACUUAGUAGAACACCCUUUGGCAGUAAUUACAUCCUUCAGACGUGAUACAUAACCGGACAUAAGCUUCUUGCAACGAUCUACAGGUAUUUUAGCCCAUUCCUCUUGGGCAAAGGCCUCCAGUUCAUUCAUAUUCUUGGUCUUCAAGUCCCACCACAGGUUUUCUAUAAGAUUUAGGUCUGGUGACUGUGAAGGCCACUCCAGAGUCUUCCAGCCCUUCUUCUGCAACCACUCUGAUGUUGAUUUGGAGGUAUGCUUGGGAUCCUUGUCCUGUUGGAAGGUCCAACGUCUCAGAAGCCUCAGCUUCGUCACUGACUUCAUGACAUUUGCAGUUAAUAUAUCCUGGUAGGAAAAAUAAUUCAUAAUGCCUUGAACGCGCUGGAGAUUCCCGGUACCUGAGGCAGAGAAACUGCCCAAGAGCAUGAUUGACCCCCCACCAUGCUUAACAGUAGGAAAGGUGUUCUUCUCUUUGUAGGCUUAAUUUUUUUCUCCUCCAGACAUAACGUUGAUUCAUAGGCCCAAAGAGUUCCAGUUUUGUCUCAUCACUUCAUAGAACAGUUUCCCAAAACCUUUGGGGUUUGUCCAGAUGAUUUUGGCAUACUGGAGUCUAUUUUUCUUUUGCCUGGUAGUCAGAAGUGGGGUGCGCCUGGGAGUUCUGGCAUGGAGGCCUUCAUCUCGUAGUGCGCGCCUUAUUGCCUGGGACGAAACCUGCGUUCCCCUCUCUGCAAUGUCCUGUUGUAGUUCCUCAGCUGUUCCCCGGGGGUUUUUCACCACUGUACGCUUCAAAUACCGGACAGCUGUUGCACACAGCAUCCUCUUUCUACCACACCCAGGUAGUGUUUCCACUGUGCCUUUAGCUUUAAACUUGCGAAUUAUGCUCCCAACUGUUUCUCUUGGAAUGUGUGAUGUCUUUGCUAUUUUUUUAUAUCCAUAUCCUUUCCUAUGAAGAGAAAUUACCUCCUCUCUUGACUUCUUUGACCACUCCCUGGACUUCACCAUGUGGCAAAUACACCAUUGACCAUCUACAAGAAGCUGAGCGUCACAGUCUUUUUCAAUCAGUUUAAUUGUUGCUCGUUAUGGUUCUAAUCACAUCUACAGGUGUUUUCAACACGUGAUUGAAAAGACCGUAUUCAAAUUCUGUUCCUAAGAGUUAUGAUCUUCAAGGGGUUGAAUAUUUUUGUCAAUGAGAUAUUAAGAGAAAUGACACUGUUUGGCAUGUUACAAAAUAUAAUGUUGUAAUUCAAGUUGCAUUUGUCUAUUUAAUGCAUCUUUAUUUGAUAUGACUAUAAACAAAAUAUGGAAUAAAUGUCCAACUUGUUAAAACACCAAAAUUGUGUGGGGGUUAAAUAAUUUUGAUCACAACUGUAACAGCUCCAAUGACCUGUAUGCAUUUUUUGCCUGGUAACACAAUAUACAAACUUGUAAAGCAGUAAUAUAAUAUACACAUGUACUGUAUGUAGUAAAGAAAAAAAAAUGUUUAUUAAUGAAUUGAAAUCUAUUCACUUUAACUUUUGUAGGUAAUUAUUUGUAUUCCGUGUCAAUAAAAAUCAGAGAUGAAAAAAACAAAACACUAA